AUGUUCUAUUACUUUGCAUUUGGGAGUAAUUUGUUAAAAGAACGUAUACAGUUAUCCAAUAAAUCUGCUCAAUUUGUUGGUAUUGGAGUUUUAGAAGAUUAUGUUCUUUCAUUUGGUGGAAUAAGUGAUAAUUGGUUUGGAGCUACUGCAACAAUUAAACCAUCACCAUCUGAAUAUGUUAUGGGUACAAUAUGGAAAAUGUGUAUAAAUGAUAUGGAAACAUUAGAUUUACAAGAAUCUUCUCCUAUAAUAUACCGACCUGUUGAAAUUCCAGUUCAUCUUUUUUCUGAAAAGUCUUCAAUUAUUAAUUGUAGAAGUUAUAUUUUGAAUUCAACUGAACCAGGUGAUCCAUCACCUUAUUAUUUAGAUAUCAUCAUUCGUGGAGCUAUUCAAUCACAACUUCCUCAGUCAUAUAUUGAUCAAUUAAAGGAAAUUAAACAUAAUGGUUAUUUGGGAAAAUGUAAUCUGUACAUGAAUGUUCUUAACAAUAUACCAAUAUCUGAGCGUCAUAUGUAUCAUAUAUCAGAUCUAAAAAGACUACAAUUAGGAUAA